AUGACCAUGAGAUCUCUGUGGCUGUUCAGAACCCCUUUCCUGUAUAACCUGCUCUGGGCCUUUUGCACCCCAGGUGCCAGGGCUCAGGAGCCUGGGGCCAGCUUCUCACAUCCUGGCAGCGCGGGCCUGGAUAAGAACACAGUGCACGACCAAAAGCAUAUCAUGGAGCAUCUGGAAGAUGUCAUCAACAAACCAGAGGCGGAGAUGUCUCCCCAAGAACUGCAGCUCCAUUAUUUCAAAAUGCACGAUUAUGAUAGCAGUAAUUUACUUGAUGGCUUAGAACUCUCCACAGCCAUCACUCAUGCCCAUAAGGAAGGGAGUGACCAGACACUACCAAAGAAAGAAGAUCUGAUUAACUUAACAGACGGUGUUUUGAGAGAUGAUGAUAACAACGAUAGAUACAUUGACUAUGCUGAAUUUGCAAAAUCACUGCAGUAG